GCUCAUACCAUCUAUUACCUAUUCAGUUGUUUAGGAAAAAAAAAACUAGCACUUAAGCUGAUGAGUAUGCAAUGUGUGUAGUGUGUGCAGUGUGUGUGUGUGUGUGUGUACACAUGUCAAUGAUUUUUAGAUAUAUUGGAAAAUAUAAAUUAUCUCUUAGUUGAUCUGGUCACUAUAUUGACUUGUGAUUAUAAAUCUUUGGACUUUGCCUGACACUAUAAUAUUAAUAAAACUCUGAAAAAUAAAGUGCCACAAAAAAUGCCAGCUAUUAAUAUUAUCAUGUGUCCAUUUCCUUUCCCAAACUGGCUUUAGGGUGUCCAUCUUAGCGCCUGUCAAUCCCUGAAGUAAUUAAAUUGUUAAUUACUAUACAAAUAAAUUCUCCAGGGAAAAUGCUCACACGUGAUUGUGAACCUGUUUGUAAGGAUAGAUUAAAAAUGUUUUCAUAAUUUUUCACGGAGUCGGGGGGGGCUCAACCCCGCUUUACUAGAUUUUUUUUUAAAAUGACAACCGUUGCAGUCUAAGCAACUUUUGGUGUGAAUAAUUAGCAAACACAAUUUAAGGCCAGCUUGUUUCCUAGGAUUUGUGCUAAAAGAUUUGGGAGGCUUUUUAAACACACACACACACACACACACACACACACACACAAACUGUAUCCAUGGGUACCUCUCGACCCAGUUCUGGUAGGACAUCAUGCCGCCUUGAUGUCUCAACGUAGACCUGAGAACUACGCGCGUUAGGGUGCUGAGCCUUGGCAAUCUUGUCCAAAAGGGGAGCUCUUCAAGUUCACUUUAUUCGUGUUUGGGGAUCUAAGACACUUAACUGCUAUCCACUGACUCCAGGACUGUACGCAUCACAAAGUUGAUGGUUUGACUCCAAGGCUUGACUGACCCCGAAAGCUGUGACCUCGACAGAAGCCAGCUACAGAUGGGCCACGAGAGCUCUAGGAUCUCUAAGGAAGAAACCCAGGCUUUCCUGUGGUGACAGUUACCAACUGGACGGUUCUCCGGUGGGGGCGGGGCGAGGGAACUAAGGGUAGCGUCCUGAGUCACCAUGGAGACAGGGCACCGUAGCAGUCCUAGCUGCGAAAAGGAUUCCCAGGAAAUCUGCUCCCCUGGAUUACUGGUGUUCACAGGCUGCUCGGAGCAGGAUGCCAACUUGGCUAAGCAAUUUUGGCUCGGGGCGUCCAUGUAUCCCCCUACCGAAUCUCAGCUGGUGCUGACCAGAGACAGCUGUCAGAGGCUGCCAGUGGCGAGGCAGUCUAAAUCCCUUGUGAGGGAGAAAAAUCCUGCUUGCUCCUUUUCCCUUGAUCAUAACAGGGAGGUGGAUGUCUUUGCUAAAGUCCAAAAGAUUCAGGAAUCUGAAGAGAAAGCAAAGUAUCUCCAAAAGGCCAAAAACAGAGAUGAGAUUCUCCAACUCCUAAGAAAACAAAGAGAAGAGAGAAUUUCGAAAGAACUGAUUUCAUUACCUUAUAAACCCAAGGUCAAAGUACCUGAAGCGAAGGAAGUCUCGUCAGAGUCAGACAAGCAGGAACAAGAAGAAGUCAAAGCCUUGGGAUGAUUUGAUUGACAUGUGGUAGCAGGUGACUGACAUGCAUUCACCUUUGAAGCAAGUCAUGCUAACGUCAGGGUUACUAGGUAAAAGAUGUGCAGAUUUCCAGAAAUUUGACAACUACUGAACAUUCAUGUUAAAAUAGACUAAAAUAAAAGUUAAGAAUACA